AUGGACGUGUUUAAUAAGUUUUAUUCCUCCGUUAGUAAUACAGUAUCACAAUUGUCUGGAGUUCUACCAGGAAACCCAGUCACACGAGAAUUUGAAGCGACUCAAUACAUUGCAAGCGCAGGCCCUGGUUUAUUAUGGAAAGUUUACAAAGGUUUCAAAAAAUCAACGAAACAAGAAGCCUCGAUAUUUGUUUUCGAGAAAAAGCAAUUGGACAGGUGGUCCAAAACAGACAGAGAUAUAAUGAUAGACAUUUUAAAACGAGGUAUUGUGCAACUAACGAAGUUGAGGCACCCUCAAAUAUUGACUGUGCAACACAGCUUGGAAGAAAGCAGAGAAAGUUUAGCAUUUGCUACUGAACCUGUAUUUGCAAGCUUAGCUAACAUUCUUGGAAAUACUGAAAAUAUGCCCCAGCCUGUACCAACAAGCUUAGUUAAUUACAAAUUAUAUGAAGUGGAGAUUAAAUAUGGCUUAAUGCAAAUAGCUGAAGGAUUGGCAUUCUUACACAAUGAUGUCAAACUCCUCCAUCAUAAUAUCUGCCCAGAGUCUAUAAUAGUUAAUCAGCAGGGAGCUUGGAAAAUUUUUGGUUUUGAUUUCUGUAUUGCCAAUCAAAGUAUGGCAGGAGCAGCUCCAUUUUGGCCUUUCAAUGAAUAUUGUCAAGCUAUGCCACCAUUAACUCAACCUGCCCUUGAUUAUUUAGCUCCAGAAUAUGUCCUUUCAGCAACCCAUUCCCCAGCCAGUGAUAUUUAUUCACUUGGCAUGUUAAUUUAUUCUGUACACAGUACAGGACACCAAACGUUAGGUAAUAUAGGCAAUGACUAUACUAAAUUUAAAAGAUUUGUGAAUGAAAUUAGAAAUCUGGCCCCUUCGAGAUUGCUUUGUGUGAAUGAAGGCUUAAGGGAAUAUGUGAAAUUGAUGCUAAAUGCUACUCCAGAACUAAGACCUGAUCCACAUCAAUUUUUAAAGAUCCCCUAUUUUGAAGAUGUUGGAGUCAAGACAUUGAACUAUCUUGACUCAUUAUUUCAAUGGGACAACUUACAAAAAUCUCAAUUUUAUAAAGGCUUACCACAAAUAAUACAGAAAAUGCCCCACCGUAUCUCUAUCUAUCGGAUUUUACCAUGUUUGACCAAGGAGUUUGUAAAUCCGCCAAUGGUCCCUUUUGUUUUACCUAACGUUUUACUUAUUGCUGAAAACUCAACUAAAGAAGAGUACACGAAGUAUAUACUACCUGUUCUAAAACCAGUCAUGCUGAUUCAAGAUCCUAUACAAAUUCUUUUAAUAUUCAUGCAAAAAAUGGAGCUCUUAUUAAAAUUAACACCUGGAGAUGAAGUUAAAACUGACAUCCUGCCAAUGUUAUAUCGUGCACUGGAGUCAGAUGCACAACAGAUACAAGAAUUAUGUUUAUCAGUGUUGCCAACAUUUGCAUCUCUAAUUGAUUAUCCCGCAAUGAAAAAUGCAUUAUUGCCACGAAUAAAAAAGCUUUGUUUGAGUACAAACUAUAUUUCUGUUCGAGUAAACUGUUUGUUAUGUCUGGGCAAGUUGCUGGAACAUUUAGACAAGUGGCUAGUACUGGAUGAGAUAAUUCCUUUCUUGCCGCAAAUUCCAUCUAGAGAGCCAGCAGUUUUAAUGGGAAUUUUAGGUAUCUACAAACUGACACUCAGCCACAAAAAACUUGGUAUAACAAAAGAAGUGAUGGCGACGAAAGUACUGCCCUUCCUCAUACCCUUGUGUGUAGAAAAUGGUCUAACUUUGAAUCAAUUUAACGCACUUAUCUCUUUGGUUAAGCAAAUGAUCUGCAAAGUGGAAACUGAACACCGGACCAAAUUAGAACAACUUAAUUCCAUUCAGAAUGAGUCAAAGGUUAUGGAACAUGCUUUAACUCAACCAGAAAAUCUGGUGCCAACUCCUCAAACAGACAUCGAUAAAAUGUUCUCCGAACUGGAAAUAGAUCCAUUCGCAUUUAACUCUAAACAGGAGAAAAAUGAUAUUCCUACGAAAAAUACUGACGCUGGAUCAUUGACUAUCGAAGAUAAACAGAGGAUAGCGCAACAACAAGAAAGUGCCCGAAAUUUCUCACGGCAGGCACCGCCUAAAGUUAUCCCCACUCCAUCAAUCAUCCCCCCUCCCCAAACCCCUAAACCUGUCGAUUUAACUAGUUCCCUACUACAAACAAACUUAAAACAAUUAACAACAAAACAAUAUCAACCGAACGUCCCUCAACCUAUCAACCAACGUCAACCAAGCUUACCAAACUAUAGUCUUAAUAUGGUUAAUCCGUCAACUAACUACACUAUGCCGUUUGAUAACCAGCUAGCAUUACCCCCCAGCACCGGCUGGCCCACAGGUACCUCGAAUCAAAGUGGGAAUUUCAAUAAUAAAUGGGCAAAUAAUCAAAAUAAUCAGGGAAGUAUGAAACAGGAUUGGUCAGCGUUUGAAUCUCUUUUACCUACACAGAGUCAAAAUACGACAAACAACAACAAUAAUGUCAAAAAGCUAAGUAACAGUGAAAUGAUGGAUUUGUUAAGU